AUGGAGGAUGUAGCAAAACUCUUGCAACAUGUGAAAGGAGAAAACUUCAUUCAGCCCGCCAAGAAGAAAGAGAGUGACGGGAAUGGCAGCAUAAUACGGAUCACCGCCCAGCAAUUUUGUAAUAAAGCCCUGAAAACUUUAUUUUUUCUACAUUACGUUGGAAAAAAUAAUAACUAUGGCUGUAGGGGCUGUCAGGAGAAGCAGGAGAAAACACCAACAGUGGAAAAUGUCGAAACUGCGACUUCUGACCGCAGUCGGAGCAGCUCAGCGAGUUCUGAACAAGAUGGCACAGACUCCAGUCUUCAGAAAAUAUUACACGAACUUAGAGACUUCAGACAGGACAAUAAAGAGCAGCUUGCGGAUAUUAAACAGGAACUGAGCAAGGUUAAUAAGAGACUGGAUAAGGCAGAGGGACAGAUCGAAGAAGUAGAAACAAGGAUCUUAACAGAUACUGUGAUAAAGAAACUCUUGCAACAACAAAUUACUUUGGAAACUAAAUUAACAGACCAGGAAGGAAGAUUGUGCCAGGAAAACAUUCGGAUUUAUGGAAUCCCUGAAGAAUCGGAGGGUCACUGCAUGGUCACCUUCCUUGAAAAUCUGCUGAGGGGGAAACUUGGUUUACCGAAGGAUGUGGAACUGGGAAUUGAAAGGGCGCAUAGAGCGUUAGCGCCGAGACCUAGAGGCCCUGACGCCAAACCGCGCUCCAUUGUCGCCAAGUUUUUAAGCUACAAGAUGAAAGAGGAUGUGUUGCGUUAAGCUGGGCAAAAGAAAUAACUUUUCCAUAAUAACAAACGAUUUUAUGUGGAUCAUGAUAACCCCCCGAAAGUACUCAAAAAACAUAUGGAAUAUUCUUAUGUAAAAAAGGUGCUGAAAUGGCAGAAAAUAAAAUUUCAGACUCCAUUUCCAGCGAGGCUAUGGGUGUUCUAUGAAGGCGGCACCUGCCUAUACUAUUCGGCAGCAGAAGCCACAAAGGACAUGGCAGAGCGGGGACUUAAAGUACACGUUAUACCGCCAGCGCCUACACUGGAAGAAGAAAUCGAGCGACUGUUUACUUGGCAGAAGGCUGGCAGAUGGGGUGGCCCUGGGAAAGACCAGCCCUCAAAACAGCAAUAUAAGGAGAAACUACAGAGUUUCAGGCGGAAAUCCCCUUCGCAAGAUUGAAGAAAAUGGAUACAGUGAGUUUUUAAAAGUUGGCCGGGAUUUAAUUGUUUAGGUUUUUUUAUAAACAAGUUUCCAGCUAUGUUUAAGAGAAUUUGUAAAUGUCGGGAUAGAUGUCUGGUGAUUACGACUAGAGCGACUUUUAAUUUUUCUGGUUACCCUUUUUUUUCUUUGUAUAAUAUAAGUUUGGAUUUGCCAUCGUGCCGCCUGGUCAAGGGCCCUCCUUCAGAGGAGAAGGAGGACUUCCCUAACGGACUUUCUUUUUUUUUUUUUAAAAAAAAGAGAAGCUCAUACAGGGUUCAUUUGAAAAGAAUCCCACAGUUGGAAGGAAGUACUGUAAACGAGACGGAGAUGGAUACAGUUUUGUUUAAGAUUGUUUGGUUAAUG